UAAGCGCUGGGGAGAGACGAGGGCCGCCGGCAGGGCCGGCCCUCGGGCUGCAGGCCGCCUCGCCUCGCCUCGGCCGGGCCGCUCCCACUGCGCCGUCUCCCCGCGGGCCUCACACACCCAACCUCCGCGGCCUCCCACGUCCCCGGCCUCCCGGAGUGAGAUGACCUCAAUCUUGCGGAGCCCUCAGGCUCUCCAGCUUACUCUGGCCCUGAUCAAGCCUGAUGCUGUUGCUCACCCCCUGAUUCUGGAGGCUGUUCAUCAGCAGAUUCUGAGCAACAAGUUCCUUAUUGUACGAAUGAGAGAACUUCUGUGGAGAAAAGAAGAAUGCCAGAAGUUUUACCAAGAGCAUGAAGGGCGUUUUUUCUAUCAGCGGCUGGUGGAGUUCAUGGCCAGCGGGCCAAUCCGAGCCUACAUCCUCGCCCACAAGGAUGCCAUCCAGCUCUGGAGGACACUGAUGGGACCCACCAGAGUGUUUCGAGCACGUCAUGUGGCCCCAGAUUCAAUUCGUGGAAGUUUCGGCCUCACUGAUACCCGCAACACAACCCAUGGCUCUGACUCUGUGGUUUCAGCCAGUAGAGAGAUUGCAGCCUUCUUCCCUGACUUCAGUGAACAGCGCUGGUAUGAGGAAGAGGAGCCCCUGUUGCGCUGUGGCCCUGUGCGCUACAGUCCAGAGGGAGGCAUCCACUGUGCAGCCGGACCAGGAGGCCCAGAACCAGCCUGAUGCAAGCCUGUUGGUCUGUGAAGACUGGUGGCAUUGCCCAGCCUUUUCUCAGAGACCUCCUGGGACCAGGGAUGCCUGGGGAUCAUGGCGCCAUCUCUGCUGGGCACCACACCCACCUGAGGAUCUAGCUCCUCACUGCCAGCUGCUCUAGAAUCUAGUUCUCUAUCUACCUCUUUUCCAGAAUGUUCAUGGGUGAUUCGGAUGAAUAAUGGCUCCUCUUUUCUCUGAGAACUAUUCAUCUUUUUCAAGGAAUUUGCCUAAUUGACUUGCCUGAAAAAUUCAGUGACUCUCUAAUAAGCACCAUGUGGCCUGUCUUCCUCAGUAAAAGUCAGUGUUCUACUAAAUCCUCAAGGCUAGCAGCACUACUCUAGGUGCUUUCUCUCUCUCCUUAAGUGAAGUAAUUAAACCUGUCCCAGGAGUGCCUGGGUGGCUCAGUCGGUUAAGCAUCGACUCUUGAUUUCGGCUCAGGUCAUGAUUGGGUCGUGCC